UGCGAGAUCCUGUAUCAUCAGCUGCUGCGGUGCUCGUCGUAAACGUCACACUUGCCGAGGCGCUCCUUUGAGCGCACGAUGAACUGCUACGUGGUUGACACGCGGCACCGGUGGCUGUCGCUUUGAAGUGAGUGCGACGGCUUAACUGUUGACAAUGGCCCGGUGAAGUCGCUCGCAGUCGAAGUCUUUCGCUGCUGUCGUCGCAUCGGCCUUAGGUGAGCAGGUGGAUGACGGCCGCAGACAUGGCGUGGUCUUCAUCCCUGAAGAACACCAUCAACCUGGGCAACAGCAUCAUAGGGGUCAGCAUACUCGCCAUGCCCUACUGCUUCGAGAAGUGCGGCAUAGUGUUGAGUUCGUUACUCCUGCUAGUCAGUGGCCUGCUGACGCGCAUGACCUGCCAUCUGCUCCUCAAGUCUGCCAUCACGGCCAGGCGUCGAAACUAUGAGUUCCUAGCUUUCCACACGUUUGGACCAACCGGCAAGCUGGUCGUUGAAAUCGGCAUCCUGGGCUUUCUGCUGGGCAGCUGCGUGGCUUUCUUUGUGGUGAUGGGAGACCUGGCUCCUCCGCUGGCCUCGGACUUCUUCCUGCUCGAGGCAUCCCCGCGGCUGCGGCUGACCGUGCUGCUGCUGCUGGGAACCUGUGUGGGGCUGCCCCUGGGUCUGCUGCGCAACCUGGACAGCCUGACCUCCCUGUCCGCCCUCUCCCUGGGAUUCUACUGCCUGCUUGUGCUCAAGGUGUUUCUGGAGAGCUUCCCGGUGCUGUGGUCUGGUGCCUGGUGGGACCGGGUGGUCUUGUGGCGGCACGAGAACCUGCUGUCGGUGUUGCCCAUCUUCGCCAUGGCUCUCUCCUGUCAGCCGCAACUCUUCGAAAUUUUCGACACGGUGAAUGAGCCGUCUUUGAAGCGCAUGAACUCGGUAGUCAACGGUGCAGUCCAGAUGUGCUCCAUGGUCUACAUCAUGAUGGGCUUCUUUGGGUACGUGGCGUUCUGCGGGGGCGGUGGCCCCCUGCCAGGCAACGUGCUCAUCCGCCUGGGUUCCUCCCUGGCCUCUGAGUUCAUCAAGCUUGGCUUUGUGGCCACCCUCGUGGUGUCCUUCCCGCUCUGCCUGUUCCCCUGCCGCACCAGCCUGCACUCGCUGCUCUUCAAGCGGGGUAGCAAGUUCCAUGACCCUUCGUACGACUACAUCCCCGACGGCCAGUUUCGGCUGCUUACGGUGUUGCUGGUGGGAGCCACCUUGGCCACGGCGUGCCUGGUGCCCAACAUCGAGAUCGUGCUGGGACUGACAGGGUCCACCAUUGGCACGCUCAUCUGUGUCAUCAUGCCCGCCCUUGUGUUCACCCGCGUCCAACCGAAGAGCACCAAUGAACGCCUGGUUGCCAAGUUCCUGUCCUGGGCGGGUCUCUGCAUCAUGAUUGGCUGCACGAUGACCACGCUGAGCCAGGUGCGUCCCCCGGACCGAGGCUCCGCCCCCAGCCGCUUGAACCCGUUGGCCGUGGUGGUCUCGAGACCGGCUCCUCUGCUUCGGUAA